CAAAAAAGUACAAAGAGAGUCUGUCACUUUGUGUCUGAGUUUUGCAAACGCAUUCUCCUUUCUUUCUUCUUCUUUCAUUCUGCUCUGUUUUCUUGGUUGGCUGGUUUUCUAUGCUUUUUUUUGGGUGCUCUGUUUUUGUGCGCCAGUUGAGAUAAAAAGCAGUGAGCACAAGAAGAAAAGAAAAAGGGGAAGACGAUGAGCUGCUUUUGCUGGUCGAAGAAAUCAACCAAAGAAUCAGAGAAGAAAACUACCCACGUCAACACCAACAAACCCAAUCAUCAAGUGAAUACGAAUGGGAAUGUGAAAAAAGAAUUGGGUGUGAAAAAGGAACUGGGUGUAAAAAAGGAGGAGGCGAUGAAGGAUGACCAGUUGUCGUUGGAUGUAAAGGAGUUGAAAAUAAUCGAGGGUUCCAACGAUGGAAAAACCACUGGCAAGCGGGCACAGACAUUUACAUUUGCUGAACUUGCAGCAGCAACUGGCAAUUUCAGGUCUGAUUGCUUUGUAGGUGAAGGAGGAUUUGGAAAAGUUUACAAGGGUUGCUUGGAGAAAAUUAAUCAGGAUGUUGCUAUUAAACAGCUUGAUCGUAAUGGAUGCCAAGGACUUAGGGAAUUUGUUGUCGAAGUAUUGACGCUUAGUUUGGCUGACCACCCUAAUCUUGUCAAACUGCUUGGAUUCUGCGCCGAGGGAGAGCAGAGGCUAUUGGUUUAUGAAUAUAUGCCAUUAGGAUCUUUGGAAAACCAUUUGCAUGGUCUUUCACCCGGAAGUAAGGUGCUUGACUGGAAUACAAGAAUGAAGAUAGCAGCUGGUGCUGCGAGGGGUUUAGAGUAUCUGCAUGAGAAAAUGCAGCCCCCUGUUAUAUACCGUGACCUGAAAUGCUCAAACAUUUUGCUUGGUGAGGGGUAUCAUCCAAAGCUUUCAGAUUUUGGCUUGGCUAAAGUAGGUCCCAGUGGAGAUAAAACUCAUGUUUCUACUAGGGUUAUGGGUACGUAUGGGUAUUGUGCACCGGAUUAUGCCAUGACAGGUCAGCUGACUUUCAAAUCAGAUGUUUAUAGCUUUGGGGUUGUUCUUUUGGAGCUUAUCACAGGAAGGAAAGCUAUUGAUAAUACAAAACCCGUCAGAGAGCAGAACCUGGUAGCAUGGGCAAGACCCAUGUUCAGAGACCGGAAGAAAUUCUCAUUAAUGGUGGACCCGUUGCUUCAAGGUCAGUAUCCAGUCAGGGGAUUAUACCAAGCUCUUGCCAUUGCUGCGAUGUGCGUUCAAGAGCAGCCCAAUAUGCGGCCUGUCAUAACGGACAUAGUUACAGCGCUGCAUUACCUUGCAUCCCAGAAAUAUGACCCCCGAACUGAUCCAGGUCAAACCUCGAAAAGGGGUCCAUCUUCUCCAAGAUUGAAGAGUGAUGAUGAUAUAACGCAGAUUGGAGGAGACAGGCCAGAGAGAGACUGAGCCGGAGGAUUAGGUUAUAGAAUAAAGCGGCCAAUACCAUUUUUGUGGCCUUGUAGAUGAUGUGCCUGGUUAUCAAUUUUUGCAUCAUAGAAGAUAACAGGUACUACUGCCAUCCUCAAUAUUCAUACAAAGAGAAUUUCUGCCUUUUCUUCUCUUUUUUUUUUGUUUUUUUUUUUUUGUUUUUUUGCGGUGUACAUGAGAGAUGGCGUUUCUUGUAUGUAAAAUGCUUCGUUGUAGGAACAUUUUCCCAUUGGAUUAGUUACCCUUAAUUUCUAUAAAAGUUCCAUUCUUUGGCCGGA